AUGUCUGAAUCAGCAAUCACAGAAGCAUCCCCUGCGCAGGAAACGGCGCCAGUGAAGGGCAUGAAGAAAAACGGCAAGCAAUGGCACGGCAACAAGUCUGCCUUCCGACCGCGUACAAACCAGACUUCCUGGGAGAAGCGGACGGCUGAGAGGGCGGCACUGGCGGCUGUAAAGGCCAAGGAGAAGGAGCUGAAGGAAGAGAAGGAGUCUGAGCGACAGCGACGAGUCGAUGCGAUCAAGACAAAGCGCGCCGCAAAGGCAGAGCGGGAGCGAUUUGCGCUCAUGGAGGAGAAGAUGCACAAGAAGCGCGUCGAUCGUUUGAAGAGGAGAGAAAAGCGCAACAAGAUGCUCAAGUCGUGA